UUUUCCUUUUGGGAGGGGCUGACUCUACUCUUUAUGAGAAUUUCAAGGCUGCUGUGCCCUGCCCAUUUGGGAACACCUCUCCGGCACUCGGUGUCCUUGGGAAGGAUUUCCGGGGCGCAGCUGCCUCCCGGACAGACAGGAGGCCCGGCCGCACCAUGCGGGCUCUGGUCCUCUCCGGCCUGCUCUGCAUGCUGCUGCUCUGCAACUCCGUCUUCUCCGCGGAAGGAAGAAGGCAUCUUCGGCCUCCUGUCAAGCCCUGGAAAGGCAAGCCCUGCUGUUCCCAAGUUCCUGAUCCUGCCCUGAGGACCCAGAAAGGGCACCGUGUGAGGAUCUGCAAACCAUGCAAGUUCAAGCCAGAGUCCCCCUUCUGGGUGGUGCCCGGGGCGCUCCCACAGGUUUAGUGUUUCCCAAGCAAGGCUCGGUUCCUGAGGCACCCCGAAGCCCCUGGGUCCCUUCUGGAGCUGGGACUGAGGCAAAGGCCCUGGAAGCCUCUGCCCCAAAUCACCGGUCUCCUCCUUAAAGACACAGCAUUCCCUGCGCCACUUUGGAUUGUUCUUGCCCUGCCUUUCAGAAAAGCCACAAUAAAGAAAGAAGAAUGCUUG